AUGGAUUCUUCUUUUUCCCUCCUUAGGAUCUGUGCUGCUGCAAUAAAUUUCUUCAUGAUCUUGGGCACGCUCUUAUUUUUUCUUCAUAAUAAAAAAUCCAGAUCCGAUACACAAAACAAACCAACGGCUUCUUCUUCUUCUUCUUCACCUGCUUCAUCUCCGAAUUGGAUACACCAAGUCUUCGUGAGCUUCACCGGGGAAGAUGUCGGCGGAUCCGUUCUCAGUCGCAUUCAGAAGGAGUUCAGCAGAGAAGGUAUCGAGCCAUUCAUUGAUAAUGGAAUCAAUAAGAGCAAUUCGAUCGACGCUGACCUCAGAGAAGCAAUCAGAGGAUCGAGAAUCGCCAUUGUCAUGCUCUCGAGAAACUACGUUUCCUCGCUGCGGUGCCUUAGCGAGCUGGUGGAGAUAAUAAAUUGCAAGAGAGAGUUGAGUCAACAAGUGGUGCCAAUCUUUUAUCAAUUGGAUCCAAUUGACGUAAGAACGCAGACGGGAGAUUUUGGGGAAGCCUUCAAGAGAACAUGCGUGGGUAAAACGAAGGAGGACAUUGGAAGAUGGAGUCAAGCUUUGGAAGAAGUGGCAACAAUCGCUGGUUACAAUUCACGCAACUGGGAUGAUGAAGAGGAUAUGCUCGAAAAUAUAGCCUCUGAUAUUUCCAACAUUUUGAAGAAUUCAACUCCAUCAAGUGAUUUCGAAGGAUCUGAUGGCUUACUACGACAUGCCGUCUUCAUCUUCUGCGCAGAUGCAUUACAGUACUCCUUGGCCAGCCAUCUCUCCGUGGAUUUCCGCCGGAAACGUAUUGCUGCAUUUGUGAACAGGACUGUGGAUGUGAUUGACGGAGCUACCGCUUAUGUGGUGGUUUUCUCCAAGAGCUACUUGUCCUCCGCCUCAUGCCUGGACAACCUCGUGAGGGUUCUUCAAUGCUGGAGGAAAACCGGCCAGCUGGUGGUUCCAGUUUUCUAUGGCAUUAGUCCAUCAGAUGUGUUGGUGGUGCAGGAGCAGGAAUCAGCAGAUCGGAUAAGAGAAUGGACUAGUGCGCUCCAAGAACUGAUGCAAUUUCCAGGCCACCAGUCAAGGGAGGAAAGUAGUGAGUGCCAAGUUGUGGAAGAGAUUGUCGAACAUGUGUGUGAAAAACUCUUUCCUACGGAACAAAUUGGGAUCAACUCGAGGCUGCUGGAGGUAGAACAGUUGCUUUGCAAGCAACCAUGGGGUAUCCGCCGGAUAGGAAUUUGGGGUAUGCCUGGCAUAGGCAAAACUACACUUGCUAAAGCAGUUUUUGACCAGAUCUCUGGAGGUUAUGAAGCUUCUUGUUUCAUCAAACACUUUGACAAAGCUUUCCACGAGAAGGGUUUUCACCGUUUGUUGGAGGAACAUUUUGGGAAAAUUUUGAAGGAAUUGCCUCGUGUGUGCAGUAGCAUUACAAGGCCUAGCCUUCCCGGGGACAAAUUGUGCAAGAAGAGAGCUCUUGUUGUUCUUGAUGAUGUGCACAAUCAUUUAGUUGCCGAGUCUUUUCUCGGGGGAUUUCACUGGUUUGGUCCGGGAAGCCUAAUUAUCAUAACCUCCAGAGACAGACAAGUGUUCCGCCUUAGUCGGAUCGAUCAUGUGUAUGAGGUUCAGAGCUUAAAUGAUAACGAGGCUCUGCUGCUACUCUCUCAGAGUGCAUUUGGGAAAGAUAUAAGAGAACAAAAUCUGUUGGAACUAGCAAAGGAAGUGAUUGACUAUGCUAAUGGAAAUCCAUUUGCUCUCAGGUUUUACGGAAGAGAGCUUAAGGGAAAGAAACUAUCAGACAUUGAGACUACAUUCCUCAAACUCAGACAACCUACUGCGUAUAAGAUCCAUUAUUUAUUCAAGAGCAGCUACGAAACACUCAAUGACAACGAGAAGAACAUUUUUCUGGACAUUGCUUGUUUCUUCGAGGGAGAAGAUGUUGACUAUGUGAUGCAACUGCUUAAGGGCUGUGGUUUUUUUCCACAUGUUGGGAUUGAUGUUCUUGUGGAGAAGUGUCUGGUCACUAUUUCAGAAAACAGAGUGAAAAUGCAUAGAAUGAUCCAAGACUUUGGCAGAGAAAUAAUCAACGGAGAAACAGCACAGAUCGAGAGGCGUCGCAGACUGUGGGAGCCUUGGACCAUCAAGUUUCUACUUGAAGAUGACAAACUUGAAGCAAAUGGAUAUCCCAAAGCAACCUGUAAACGCGUUUUGGGCACUGAAGACAUUGAAGGCAUAUUUCUGGAUACAUCGAAUUUACUCUUUGAUGUGAAGCCCACUGCUUUUGAUGAUAUGCUUAACCUUAGAUUCCUGAAGAUUUACUGUUCCAAUCAUGAAAACGAGUAUGGACUCCGCCUUCCAAGAGGACUUGAGUCUCUGCCUUAUGAGCUUAGACUUCUCCACUGGGAGAAUUAUCCUUUGCAAUCCUUGCCACAAGACUUUGACCCAUGCCACCUUGUUGAACUCAAUAUGUCUCACAGUCAGCUUCAGACACUUUGGGGAGGAACCAAGAACCUCGAGAAGUUGAAGACGUUUAAGCUUUGUCAUUGCCAACAGCUGACUGAGAUUGAAGAUCUUUGUAGAGCUCCAAAUACCGAGUUUAUUGAUCUCCAAGGCUGUACAAAAUUGCAGAGAUUCCCAGCCACAGGUCAAUUACAGCAUCUCAGAGUUGUAAAUCUUUCAGGUUGCACAGAGAUCACAAGUCUCCCAGAGGUUUCACCAAAUAUCGAGGAACUACAUCUCCAGGGAACUGGCAUAAGCGAGUUACCAAUAUCUAUCGUGGAUUACAUCUCCCAGCAAGAUAAUUUGAACCGAGAGCUUUCCAAUCUUCUAACAGAAUUCUCAGGUGUUGCAAAUGCUUUGAAGCUCGAGAAAUUAACAGGCAUGGUCCAAGUCGUUUCGUCAUAUCAGCAUCUUGGCAAACUUGUUUUCCUGAAUAUGAGAGACUGUUAUCAUUUGCAAAGUCUGCCUCACAUGGUUGAUUUAGAAUCUCUGGAAGUUCUUGAUCUGUCUGGCUGCUCGGAGCUCAAGAGUAUUCAGGGAUUCCCACGAAACCUGAAAGAGCUAUAUCUUGUUGGCACUGCCGUGAAAGAACUUCCACCGCUUCCCUCAAGUAUAGAACUCUUGAAUGCACAUGGUUGUGUGUCUCUUAUAUCAAUUCCUAUUGGUUUCGAGAGACUCCCUAGGUAUUAUACGUUCAGUAAUUGCAUUGCUCUUUCUGCACAAGUGGUCAGCGAAUUUGUAAAGAACGCUCUGACUAAUGUAGAACGCAUCGCCAGAGACAAUCAGAUGGAACUCAACAAAUCUCUGGCUUUCAGUUUCGCUGUGCCUUCACCUGCAAGUAAAAAGUUCACUUGUGAUCUGCAACCAGGGUCUACUGUGAUGAUACAACUGGGUUCUUCUUGGAGAUCCACGCUCGGCUUUGCUAUUUUAGUCGAACUUUCAUUUCUGGAGGAUUUCCACGAGGCUGGUGGUUUUAGCAUUAGUUGUGUUUGCAGAUGGAAAGACGAGGAAUUCAUCUCUCAUAGCCUGGAAAAAAGCUUUCAUUGUUGGACUCCAGAGGAAGGUGUUCCGAAAGAUCACAUGUUUGUUUUUGGUGAUCUCAAUAUGCAUCCGAGUGAAGGAAAUGAUCCCAGUAUAUUGGCUGAUCUUGUCGUAUUUGAAUUCUUUACUGUGGACAAGCAGGAGAAGCUUCUAUAUGAGAGCUGUACAGUGACGAAAUGUGGAGUCCAUGUGAUCACUGCUGCAAAUGGAGAUGCAAGUUCUAACAUAGCUCAACCAUUUUCGUCCUCGGAUUCCCUGCAACAGAGUUGUGAUAAUGAGGUUGAAGAAGUAUUGAGGGUCAUCUUUGAUGGCUUAGACGAGAAUGACAGACAUUUGUUUUUUUACAUUGCAUGUCUGUUCAAUGACAAUGAAUCUGCUUUCCUGGCACGGCUUAGAGCUAGCAUUGGCUUGGGGAAUAGUUCUAGGCUCAACUUAUUAGCCAAAAAGUCUCUCAUACAUAUAACUCCCUAUGGUAUUAUAGUGCCGCAUUGUUUAGAGAAACUUGGUCUACUUGAGAAACUUGGUUUACUUGAGAAACUAGCCUCGACGAACCACCACAGCAAUGAAACAGAGUUCUCCUUCUCGUACACGGCAACAACCACCGCGACGUCAUGCAGCAGCGUCGAAAGACGGAGCCAAUUCUCUGAGGCGGUGAGCGAGUGUUCCACUGGGACUAUGAGUAAUUCCGGUCUGUUACUGGAAUCGCCAAAUCUCAAAGUGUACACCUUUCUGGAUCUAAAGACGGCAACCAAGAAUUUCAAACCGGAUUCAAUGUUGGGUCGAGGAGGUUUCGGGACAGUUUACAAAGGUUGGGUCGACGCGAAGACUCUUGCUCCGUCUAAAGCCGGUUCCGGUAUGACCGUCGCAGUCAAAAGAUUGAAUUCCGAGAGUUUUCAAGGAUUUGCUGAGUGGCGAUCAGAGGUGAACUUCUUGGGGACGCUUUCACACCCAAAUCUGGUCAAGUUAUUGGGAUACUGUCGUGAAGACAAAGAGCUCCUGCUUGUCUACGAGUUUAUGCCCAAAGGGAGCCUUGAGAAUCAUCUUUUUCGACGAAACGAGCCUUUUCCUUGGGAGCUAAGGAUGAAGAUUGUGAUCGGAGCAGCUCAUGGCCUUGCGUUUCUACAUAGCUCACAAAGAGAAGUCAUCUGUAGAGAUGUCAAAGCCUCCAAUAUACUUCUCGACUCGAAUUAUGAUGCAAAGCUUUCGGAUUUCGGAUUAGCAAAGCUAGGGCCAGCACAUGAGAAGUCUCACGUUACGACUAGGAUCAUGGGCACACAUGGUUACGCUGCUCCUGAAUAUAUGGCAACAGGCCAUUUAUACGUUAAGAGUGACGUGUACGCAUUCGGUGUGGUCUUACUAGAAGUAAUGACCGGACAAAGAGCGCACGACACGAAACGGCCUUACGGACAAGAGAAUUUAGUCGACUGGUUAAGACCAGAUCUCUCAAGCAAACACAAAGUGAAACGACUAAUGGACAAAGGAAUCGAAGGUCAAUACACAACCAAAGUGGCGACCGAAAUGGCACGCAUCACUCUUUCUUGUGUCGAGCCAGACCAGAGGAACCGACCGCACAUGAAGGAUGUUGUAGACGUGCUCGAACACAUCCAACGGAUUAACGUCGUCCCAGGACGUUCCUCCACUAAACCGGCCGUUUCUAGCUCUACCCAGUCGUCAGCACGAACCAAAUCCUCUUCCGCAAAUGUUUCAAACUGGUGGUCCUUUCGGUAG